AUGGAUGAGAAAUAUGAUGUGAUUGUUCUCGGGACUGGUUUGAAGGAAUGCAUACUCAGCGGCUUAAUGUCCGUCAGUGGCAAAAAGGUCCUCCACAUGGACAGGAAUAAAUACUAUGGUGGGGAGAGCACAUCCCUAACGCCACUAAGUGAGUUGUUUGCCCACUUCAAAGUUGCAAAAACUAAUUUGGAUGAGUUUGGUCGGCCAAGAGAUUGGAAUGUCGAUCUAAUACCUAAGUUCCUUAUGGCCAGUGGUGAAUUAGUGAAACUGCUCAUACAUACCGGAGUCACGAGAUAUCUAGAGUUCAAGUCAGUUGAGGGAAGUUACGUCUAUAAAGCUGGUAAGAUUCACAAAGUGCCGGCCAACGAGAAGGAGGCUCUGACAUCUGAUUUAAUGGGCAUAACUGAGAAGCCUCGUUACCGAUCCUUCCUGCAGUUCAUCCAAGAGUACAAUCCCUCGGACUCCAGUACUUGGGAUGGUUUCGAUGCCAGCAAGCAGUCGAUGAAGGAAUGCUAUGAAAAAUUUAAUCUCGAUCCCAAUGUGGCUGACUUCACUGGACAUGCCUUGGCUCUUUAUUUGAAUGAUGACUACUUGGAGAAACCAGCUCUUGAAACACUGAACCGUAUAAAGUUGUACAGUGACUCACUGGCCCGAUAUGGCAAGUCUCCGUACCUCUACCCCCUCUAUGGACUCGGGGAACUGCCUCAGGGGUUUGCUAGAUUAAGUGCAGUUUAUGGGGGCACGUACAUGUUGGACAAGGCUGUCGAUGAAAUUGUAUGUGACGGUGGCAAGUUGAUCGGCGUUAGGUCUGGAAAUGACGUGGCCAGGUGUGACAUCGUCAUCUGUGACCCGACCUACGCUCCUGAUAGGUGCAAAACUGUUGGCCAGGUGGUUCGUGCCAUCUGCAUACUGGAUCAUCCAGUCCCCUACACAAAUGAUGCAGCCUCAUGUCAGGUCAUCAUACCCCAGAAGCAAGUUGGAAGGCAGAAUGACAUCUACAUUUCCUGUGUUAGCUCCACCCACAACGUGACAGCCAAGGGCUUCUAUCUGGUCCUGGUGGCCACUACAGUUGAAACUGAUAAUCCUGAAUUGGAGUUGAAACCCGGUCUCGAUCUUCUUGGCGCCAUCAAAGAAAAAUUCGUGGCGGUCAGUGACCUACUAGAGCCAGUGGACGACGGGAAAGAGACGCAGAUCUUUGUCUCGAAAAGUUAUGAUGCCACGAGCCACUUCGAGACAACCUGCGAUGAUGUCCUUGACAUUUUCAGGAGGUCAACCGGGUCAGAUUUUGACUUCUCCAAGGUCAAGCACGUUCUGGAGGAGACCGAAUGA